AUGAUGAUGAUGUUUAAGACGUACACGACGAAUACAAAUCCUCACGUUGGGAGCACAAAAAGCGGUUUUGGACAAGGACGGAAAAAUCAGAUAAUGCUCCUAAACUCUUCGUCUUCGUCUCUUCUUUUCGGAAGAUCAGCGACAACGAAAGCGUCCUCCUGCGCGUUAUCGAAGUCUUUUUCAGACGAUGGUAAUGGUGGAAGUUUUGAUCGCCGUUUUCUUCGUCGUCGUUUACGUCGCCGUCGUAAAAGCGAUUCUUCUUGGUUUUCCUCCAACUCGUUGGCGUCUGGGGCAUUGGUGCCUCAGAAAAAGACCAACGACGCGUGCGACGAGAUGAAGAGUAGAGCGAAUAAUAAUAAUAAUACCAAUAAUAAAUAUACUAUUAGUAGAGUACUGCGACGAGGCGAAAACGAGAGGCGAAAACGAGCAGCACUCUUUUUGAGGGCUUCUGCGGGAGGAGACGAAGGCGAGGAGAACGCGAGUCUUUCGGCGGGAGAAGAACAAGAGAGCGCGGAGGUCGUCGUCCCGGCGAGGAACUACGACGACGACGUGGACGACGACGAGGAGCCAAACUUUGGGGUGAAAUCACCCGAGUUGGCGACUUUUCACCGAAAGACGGCGUUGUUUGCCAUUUCGGUUGGAUUCGCAGUUUUUUACGGAUUUCCUAAACCGGACGUGUUGACCUCGGAAGCGUGGCAACUGUUGGCGAUCUUUUCGGCGACUAUUUGCGGGUUGGUUUUGAAGCCGCUCCCGGUUGGCGCGUGGGCGUUCGGGGCGAUGACGGUCAGUUUGUUGACGAAAACGUUGACGUUUGAUCAAGCGCUAUCGUCGGUAUCGAACCAGGUUGUUUGGUUGAUUUUAGUCACCGCGUUUUUUGCUCGAGCGUUUGUCAAGACUGGCUUUGGCGAUCGAUUGGCGCUGUUGUUCGUCUCGGUCGCCGGGCAAUCGAGUUUGAGGUUAGCGUAUGGAUUUCAAUUAGCGGAGGCGUUGUUGUCACCCGCGAUGCCGUCGACGACAGCCAGAGCGGCUGGCGUAUUCAUUCCAGUCAUUAAGUCUUUAGAUCCGAGGACGCAGGAGUUUUUAAUCGGGCAGCAGUUGCAAGGCACCGGGGCCACGUCGGCAUUUUUAAUGUCCGGCGCCGCGCAGAAUUUCUUAUGCAUGCAAAUUGCCAUCGGUAUGGGCAUUCCAUUCGUCAACCCAUUCAACGAGUGGGCAGUUGCGGCAUUCGUUCCCGCGUUUAUAUGCAUGAUGGUCACUCCGUUGAUCGUGUUUAUCGUCGAUCCGCCUUUGUUGAACGCGACGCCGAAAGCGCCCAUGGAAGCGGCGAAGAAGUUACAAGCCAUGGGUCCGUUAGCCGAGAUUGAGAAGCGCAUGUGUUUGUCCUUAGGGACGACUGUAUUUUUAUGGAUCUUUGGUGCUCCGCUCGGGAUCGCCGCGGUCGUGGCUGCCAUGACUGGUUUAUGUUUGAUGCUCAUCAGCGGCGUUUUAUCCUGGGACGACGCUUUAGAGCAAAAAGGCGCGUGGGACACGUUGAUUUGGUUUGCCAUCUUGAUUGGCAUGUCGCAACAGUUGAACGAUUUAGGCGUCAUCGAAUGGCUCUCUGGAUUUGUUCGCGAUUUUCUCAUCUCGUGGAACUUAGUCGGUACUUCCGCUUUUGUCGCGUUGCACUUGGCGUACUUUUUAAGCCACUACAUGUUCGCUUCGCAAUCCGCGCACGUCGGCGCUUUGUACGGCGCCUUUUUGACCAUGAUGAUUGCCGGAGGUGUGCCUCCUAAAUUAGCAGCCAUCUCAUUAGCUAUGAAUACGAACACUUUUGGUGGCUUAACGCACUACGCGAGUGGUCAAGCCGCUGUAUAUUACGGGUCCGGUAAGAUUGGAUUGGAGAAAUUAUGGAAGCAAGGCUUAUACGUCAGUUGCGUCCACGCGUUUAUUUGGAGCACGGUGGGUAUGGCCUGGUGGUCCGUCUGCGGCAUAUUUUGA